GAGAGAGGGAGAGGUAGAGAGAGGGAGAGGGAGAGAGAGAGAGAGAGAUCUCUUGCUAUGAAAUUCGGUGCAACAGUUCAGGAGUGUGUGUGAAACUGGGAGUGCACACACACACACACACACACACACACACACACCAUGAGCCGGACUUAAUUUGACUAUUUUUUGUGUGUGUGGAGCAGCCAAAGGCAAAGGAAAACGAGAAUGGGAGUUCCUCAGUGAGCUCAAUGAACCAUCCAUUGCCUGGCACAGGAAAGGCACCUCUGUGAUUUACGGCCCCUGUUCCCUUUGAGGAACUAAAAGGUCGAUCGAUCGAUCGCUGGCUGGCUGGCUGUCUUGCAUUAUGGACCUGCCGGUUCCCAGUUGGAGAGGAGAGAAGUGAAUUGGCAACGCUUCCUUGUGUGCUCGGUGGUGACGGUGGUGGCGGGGGAAGGGAGCGUGGCAUUGGGAAUGAUGGCCGGGAGACCAGGCAAGAAGCUACCGGACGUGCGGACUGGCCUGGUGGCAGUGUGGAUCGGCCUGGUGGCCUCGGUGCAGGCUGUGGUACCCUCGCCACCCCUGGGUCAGCCGAGCCCAGCCGUGUUGAUGCUGGAUGGAGUGGCCAGGGAGAGCCCCGUCCUCAGCCGUUCCAAGAGGGGUUGGGUGUGGAACCAGAUGUUCGUGCUGGAGGAGUUCUCAGGGCCGGAACCCAUCCUCGUCGGCCGGCUUCACACUGAUCUCGAUGCUGGAGCCACUAACAUCAAGUACAUUCUCUCUGGCGAAGGCGCGGGAACCAUCUUCGUCAUCAAUGAGUUCACAGGCGACAUCCACGCCAUGAAGAGGCUGGACCGGGAGGAGAAGUCUGAGUACACGCUGACAGCGCAGGUCAUCAACCGGGAAACCAACAGCUCCAUGGAGCCUCCGUCCGAGUUCAUCAUUAAAGUGCAGGACAUCAAUGAUAAUGCACCGGUGUUUACCCACGAGCCAUACCACGCCACCGUGCCGGAGAUGUCCAGUGUAGGAACGUCUGUGAUGAAGCUCACGGCCACUGACGAGGAUGACCCUGUGUAUGGGAACAGCGCCAGGCUGGUGUACAGCAUCCUCAAAGGGCAGCCCUACUUCUCCAUCGAGCCUCACACAGGGAUUAUCCGGACGGCUCUCCCCAACAUGGACCGGGAGGCCAGGGAGGAGUAUCAGGUGGUCAUCCAGGCCAAGGACAUGGGGGGCCACAUGGGGGGGCUGUCGGGGACCACCACAGUCACCAUCACCCUGACCGACGUCAAUGACAACCCCCCGAAGUUCACCCAGAGUCUGUACCACCUGUCUGUGCUGGAGGACACAGCCAUCGGAGAACCCGUUGGGAGGAUCAAGGCCACCGACCGUGACAUAGGGGACAAUGCCAAGUCACUGUACGAGGUCAUCGACGGUGAUGGGAUGGAUGUGUUUGAGAUCCGGCCGGACUCCCAGACCCAGGAGGGGGUCAUCACACUGGCCAAACCGCUGGACUUUGAACGGAAGCGCUCAUACACGCUGAAGGUGGAGGCGGUGAACGAUCGCAUUGACCCGCGGUACCUGAGCCGAGGGCCCUUUAAGGACACGGCUGCAGUGAAGAUAAUGGUGGAGGACGCUGACGAGCCCCCGGUCUUCUCCCCACCCGCCUACUUCCUCGCGGUGAAGGAGAACGCAGCCAUCGGCUCCGUGAUCGGCCAGGUCACUGCUCACGACCCGGACGCAACGACCAGCCCUGUCAGGUACUCCAUCGAUCGCCACAGUGACCUUGACCGGCUGUUCAAUGUCAACCCUGAGGACGGACGGAUCAUGUUGGGGAAAUCUCUGGACAGAGAAAUUGACGCCUGGCACAAUAUCUCUGUGAUCGCCACGGAAACCAGGAACCUCAGCCAGACGUCUCGCAGUCUUGUGGCCAUUAGAGUUCUGGACGUCAACGACAACCCUCCCGAGUUUGUCUCUCUGUACGACGCUUACCUGUGUGAGAACGGCAAGACCGGACAGGUGAUCAAGACGAUCAAUGCCACCGACAAGGACGACCCUCGGAAUGGCCAUUUCUUUUUCUACAGCCUGCUGGUGGACAUGCCUCCCAACCCCAACUUCACCAUCAGGAACAACGAAGAUAACUCGGUCAGCAUCCUGACCAGACACAGCGGCUUCAGCCGGCACAAGCAGGACGUUUACCUGCUGCCCAUUGUGAUCUCGGACAACGGCCGGCCUCCCCUGAGCAGCACCAGCACACUGACCAUCCAGGUGUGUGGCUGCAGCAGCAACGGCAGCGUCCAGUCCUGCAACGUGGAAGCCUUCAUCCUGCCCAUCGGCCUGAGCAUGGGAGCCCUAAUAGCAAUACUAGCCUGCAUCAUCCUGCUGCUGGUGAUCGUGGUGCUGUUCGUGACCCUGCGGAGGCACAAGAACGAGCCCUUCACCAUCAAGGAUGACGAGGACGUGCGGGAGAACAUCAUCCGCUACGACGAUGAAGGCGGGGGGGAGGAGGACACCGAGGCCUUCGACAUCGCCACGCUGCAGAACCCCGACGGCUUCAACGGCUUCCUGCCACGCAGGGACAUCAAGCCCGAGCUGCAGUACGCGCCCAGGCAGGCCCUGACCCCGGUGCCGAGCGGGGUGGACGUGGACGAGUUCAUCAAAGUGCGUCUCCACGAUGCGGACAUCGACCCCACGGCCCCCCCCUACGACUCCAUCCAGAUCUACGGCUACGAGGGCCGUGGCUCGGUGGCCGGCUCGCUCAGCUCCCUGGACACUGCCUCCACGGACUCUGAGCAGAACUAUGACUACCUCAAAGACUGGGGGUCGCGGUUCAAGAAACUCGGGGACAUGUACGCUGUGGGCGAGAGCGACCGGGAGACCUGACUGUCCCAUCCGUCCGUCCGUCCGUCUGUCCGAGGCGGAGCGAGGAGCCUUUACAGGACCCCGGUGUGUAAUUAUAGGGUUGCCAAUUGUUAACGAUGGAUUAAGCUGGGCCGGCCUUUUAGAUACAGUCGACGUUAGGGUCAAUCAUCCUUCUUGGGAAAGUCCAGCUCCUUGUGAUAUCGAACCAAAAAAAACUAAACAACAAACAACAAACAACAAACAAACAAACA